AUGGCAAGCCUCUAUCGCCUCGCCGGCCACAGCGCCAAGCGGUUAUGCCUCCGACCAGCCACGACGACCUCCCUCGCCGCCCGCCCUUUGUCUACGACGGCAUUCCGGAAAUAUGCCCAGCCCUCGCCGGAGUUUCAGGGACUCAGGCUCGUGCCCGUCGACACUGACUUCAACCACCCUGCCGAUCCCUACGCCGCCGUAAACCACAAGGGCACCGACCAUGGCCCGGCGAAAGACGGCAUCGAGGACAAGAAGGUCAGGCACUACACUGUCAACUUUGGACCUCAGCAUCCCGCCGCCCACGGCGUGUUGCGCCUGAUUCUUGAGAUCAAUGGCGAGGAGAUUGUCCGCGCCGAUCCUCACGUCGGUCUGCUCCACCGUGGUACGGAGAAGCUCAUCGAGUACAAGACCUACCUCCAGGCUCUUCCCUACUUCGACCGUCUCGACUAUGUCUCCAUGAUGACGAACGAGCAGUGCUUCUCGUUGGCCGUUGAAAAGCUUUUGAACAUCGAAAUCCCCGACCGCGCGAAAUGGAUCCGCACCCUGUUCGGCGAGCUCACCCGAGUCCUGAACCACCUCAUGUCCGUUCUGUCCCACGCCAUGGACGUUGGCGCUCUGACACCUUUCCUUUGGGGCUUUGAGGAGCGUGAGAAGCUCAUGGAAUUCUACGAGCGCGUCUCCGGUGCCCGUUUGCACGCUGCCUACGUUCGCCCUGGUGGCGUUCACCAGGAUAUCCCCGUCGGCCUGCUCGACGAUAUCUACCAGUGGGCCACGCAGUUUGGCGACAGGCUCGACGAGACUGAGGAGAUGCUGACUGACAACCGAAUCUGGCUCCAGCGUCUGCAGGGUGUCGGUGUCGUCAGCGCCGCCGAGGCGCUGAACCUCUCCUUCACCGGCCCCAUGCUCCGCGGAUCUGGUAUUCCUUGGGAUAUCCGCAAGAGCCAGCCUUACGACGCCUACGACCAGGUUGAGUUCGACGUGCCCGUCGGCGUCCGCGGCGACUGCUACGAUCGUUACCUCGUCCGCAUGGAGGAGUUCCGCCAGUCUCUCCGCAUUAUCCACCAAUGCCUGAACAAGAUGCCCGCCGGCCCCGUCCGUGUUGAGGACUACAAGGUCUCCCCUCCCCCCCGUGCCGCCAUGAAGGAGAACAUGGAGGCCCUCAUCCACCACUUCCUCCUCUACACCAAGGGUUACGCCGUGCCCCCUGGUGAGACUUACUCCGCCAUCGAGGCCCCUAAGGGCGAGAUGGGUGUCUUCGUUGUCAGCGACGGUAGCGAGAGGCCAUACCGCGUCCACAUUCGUGCUCCCGGAUUUGCUCACCUCGCUGGCUUCGACCAUGUUUGCAAGGGCCACAUGUUGGCUGAUGCCGUCGCCGUUAUCGGUACGAUGGAUCUGGUGUUCGGCGAGGUCGAUCGGUAG